AGGAGAGGAACUGUGAGCCGCUCACAGCAGCUCUGUACACGGGCUGUGUAAGAAGCUGCUCUCAUCCGCUCGCCUCAUCUCCACUUACCGCAUGGUUUGAAGCUUUUUAAUUACAAUAUUCGUUUGGAUUUGAUUCGUUACUGGUCAAACAUUAUUACUUGCGUUUAUUAUUCUUAUUUCGAAAUUCGAAAUCCACCCUCAACCUGUUUUGGUUCUCAGAUCGUCGGAGAAAGCUGACAGGGUAGAGCGGUGCGUGGAUCUUCAACUUUUUUUUACAUUUUUGCACGCCAAGUAUUUCACGCCACAGUUUCGCUUUUUGUCUCGGAGAUGCUUUCUUACGAGGAAGUUUGCUGAGGUCGAGUCUUUUCGUUAGCAAGGCGGACUUUGAAAGAAGCUUGGCUUGUACGACAUAUCGGUUGCAGAGACUGGCUCACAGUGACAUCAUGACUGCAUAUGCAAAGCUUUCAUCCAUGCUGGAUAAGGAAAACUGGAAAUGGGAUUUCUAGAUCUUGCUGUUCAUUCAUCGACAUUCAAGCUGCUAUAAAGCACUAAAGACUGUUUUUUUUCAUUAUGUGAAUUGUUUUUUACUACGACAUGAAUGGUGAAAGUUCGUGAAAGGUCAAUGGAUUGGGAGCGAAGCCAUCGUUGUGGCACCCAGAUGUUACGCUUUUACUUUACUUCCACACCUGCAAGCUAUGAACAGAACUCUGCGCAACGAUCGCCGGCUCGGGCAGCUUCGAUACGCAACCCUGUGGCUGUGAUUUGAUUUAGAAAACAAAAAAACAAUUGGUAUCUAUUAUAAAUGCUAGAUUUAGUAGCUUGGUGUGCGUGCGAUGACAAGCUAAACAAAUGGAAAACAAUUCUGCUAAUAUUAGGAUUUGGUUGCAUUCAGCAGUAGAUAAUUAAUAUUUUUUUGGACUUUUUUUAGUUUUGGUAAAUUUGUAUUUAUUUAAAUUUUAAUAAAGAUCUUCAGUUUCUUACAGUACGUCACAAUCGUACAGUAUGCCAUGCCUGGCACAUAUUUUCUUAAUAAAAACAAUUGAAGUAUUUGUUAGACUUGCAAAUACUAAAUUAUUAUCAGUGGGAACUGUGGACAGCAUUGCGAAUAUAUCUCAGCCUGACAAUUACUGAACUGCUCCUAAGCAUGAGUGAUUUCAAAGGAGAGCCGGGUGCCUUUUCUUCUGUCCUUACGGGCUGUAUUGAUUUUUGCCAGUGCUUAUUUUAUUGAGAUCCAGCCAUGUGAAAGACCAAGGUAACGGCAAAGAAGAUUGAGUUCUGCUGGCAGAGAUUACUGAGAAGACCCCACCGCAAGAUCACUGCGAUUGGGAGUGCUGAACGUUGGACAGGGUCUGGGACAAUGAACCGGUCAGGACUGAUCGACCCGGUCCCUGCUGCAAACAGCAGCUUUAGCGGCCAUUUCAUCGUGACUCUAAACCAUUCCUGCCCCCUGGGUUGGGGGCAGAACAAGGUCCUGGAGGCGUGCGUCUUGGAGACGGCCGUCAUCGUAUUGCUGACGGUGCUUAUCAUUGCAGGGAAUUUGACCGUGAUCUUCGUGUUCCAUUGUGCACCAUUGCUACACCAUUACACCACAAGCUACUUCAUCCAGACUAUGGCCUAUGCUGAUCUGUUGGUAGGGCUAAGCUGCCUGGUGCCCACCCUUUCGCUGCUACAUUUUCCAGCUGGUGUCCAAGAGCCGCUUACCUGUCAGGUGUUCAGCUACGUUAUCUCCGUCCUCAAGAGCGUUUCAAUGGCAUGCCUGGCUUGCAUUAGCGUGGACCGCUAUUUGGCUAUUACCAAGCCCCUAUCCUACAACCAGUUGGUAACUCCUUGCCGCCUACGUUGUUGCAUCGUUCUCAUAUGGAUCUACUCGUGCGUGGUGUUUCUCCCUUCUUUCUUCGGCUGGGGUAAGCCAGGAUACCACGGGGAUAUCUUCGAAUGGUGCGCUCACUCUUGGCCCACGUCUGCACUCUUCACCGGCUUCGUGGUCUGCCUUCUGUAUGCUCCUGCCACCCUGGUGGUCUGCUUCACCUACUUUCACAUCUUUCGCAUUUGUCAGCAACACAACCGGGAAAUCAGCGAACGAAGAGCGCGCUUCCCGAGCCAGGAGAUGGAAACUGCUGAGGGUGGCCACCCCACAGGUCACGGGCCAGAUCGGAGAUACGCCAUGGUACUCUUUCGGAUCACCAGCGUGUUCUAUAUGCUGUGGCUCCCGUACAUUUUCUACUUCAUUUUGGAGAGCUUCCACGUGUUAAACAGUCCCGCUCUCUCCUUUGUGACCACCUGGUUAGCUAUUAGCAACAGCUUCUGCAACUGCGUAAUUUACAGUCUGUCCAACAGCGUUUUCCGGUUGGGAAUGCGUAGACUCUCGCAGACGCUCUGCUCCUUCAGCCCCUGUGCUCAUGACGACAAGGACUUUGGAGAGCCAAAACCGAGAAAGAGAGCCAAUUCUUGCUCCAUUUGAAGAUUCUCUGUGGAGAAUUGCUUGGAUCGGUCUUAAGCUGCUAAUUGUUGUUGCAAGGGAUUUGGGUCAGACUUCAACAAGCGACAAAAUCAACUGAAACUUGAUAGAUUCUUAAACAUUCACACCAGGCUAGAAAACGAGCAAAAGAAUAAUGUUAAAGUUCUCAUACAUUCCCUGUACAUACUGAGAUAACAUCUACUUUGUACUUGUAAAUACAAGAUAAUGGAUAUUGGUCCAACCGGUUUGACAAACUUGUGAGAAUUUGUGGCAAAGCCAGGGGGAAAGUUCAAACCCCUUGGGAAAGAUAUUUCCAAAUUUAGGGCACACUUGCUAUUUUUAGUCGCAGGAUUGGUUGCUUUGAUGUUUGGUGAAUUUGUUUGUGUCGCAGCUGUGUAAAAGCUUGAAGACCUUGUCGACAAGUGGUUUGUUUCACUUGAUUUCGGCAGAGGUCUUGAGCUUCCCUGUCCUAAAGUGGCUUUUUAAAUGAGCCAGCGUGUCCUUAUGUGUUCAAAUGCAGCUAGAACUAACAUUACGAUUGGAUGUGGGACCAAUGACAAAAGUCAAAUGCGAUGUAGCAAAGGACAAAAGCAGUUGAGCCAAGUAUUUAUUUUUUCAAAUCAUUGUAGAUCCAAAUGUUUUUGUAGGGAAUCUUGAAGUUUCAUAUACGCACAACAUGGACUAUGCCUGCAAUAGGUGUGGACUGUAGGUUAGAUUCCCAGUGGUGUAACGCCUUAGCUGUUUGUAAUUAGACCUAUUUGCCCGCAGCCACCUUUUGAGAAACAUGCAACACAGCAUGUUUUAUUUUCAAUGUAUUUUUUAUGUAUUUAUUUUUUGCUGGAUCAGCUUUUAUCACUCUAUUGUGUCAAACAGAUUUAUUUCUUCCUGUGUUUUUAAAUUCCUCAAAAUAAUAAAUUACAUUUUAUUAUAUUUUAGUAAGUAACUGUUCUCUGAUUUAAAGAGAAUUUUUUGGAAGUUUAUUUUAGGCACAAAUGUAGUAUUAAUUUGUGUGAAUUAAGUUAAAUUGAUUUUUUUUAAACAAAUAAUUUUUAAAAUAUUUUUAUCCAAAUCACAGCACAUUAUGGACACAUGACACAUUAUGUUUGUUUAUAUUGGUUAUUUUCCCCACACGAGUCAUGUAAGGGACAAUAUUUUUCAAGCCUCAAAUUUUCUUCUAUGAGCUUUUUACAUUACGAAACAUGACAAAAGCCAUUAUUUAUAUAAAAAUACUGAAAUCCAACAUAUGGCUGCUUCUUACUGAAUGAAAAUAAUCAGAUGUUGUUUAGGCCAGCAUUAAUGGAAACUCAUCUUUUUCAAGUGUAGUAUUGGUGGUUUAGUCAUGUACUUUAGUUUGCUCAUUAUUUGUAACAAUUUACAAUAAGGUUACUUUCAUUUAUUAACAUUAGUUAGUGCAUUGGCAAUCCUGGACAACAUUAUGAUAAAAAAAUGCUGUAAAUGUAUAUUUGUUGUUAUUUCAUGUUAGCUAUCGCAUUAACUGAUGUUAACAUGUAGAACCUUGCUGUAAAGUGUUACAGCUAUUUACUGUAUAAAAUUACAGUCUGAACAAGUCUCAGCUCAGAGUAUUAGAAUAGCUGAUGUGCGUUAGAAAUAUGAAGUAAACAAAAGAUAAAGCUUAUCACAAUGGUGAGCUUAAUUAAAUUAAACGGUGAA